CAAAUGUCUAACUCAAGACAAUAUCCCUGAAAUGGCCACGCCCCAAACCUCAAUCCUAGGAACCGGUAUAAUCGGCCUCUCAACCGCUUAUUUUCUCUCCGCUGCCCCCACCACACCUCCCUCCUCAAUUCACCUCAUCGAGCCCUCCCCUAUUCUGUUCGCCUCAGCUUCCGGCUUCGCAGGUGGAUUUCUGGCUUCCAAUUGGGUUGCCUCCGAAUGCGAAGAACUUGGGAAAUUGAGUUUUAGGUUGCAUAAGGAACUUGCGGAGAAGGAAGGGGGGAUGGGGGCUUGGGGGUAUGAGAGGAGUAGAGGGGUGAGUUAUAGUGCCGGGAGAGGGUGGAAGGGGAAGGGGAAGAACGAGAGGGGAGAGGAUUGGUUGAAGCAAGAGGGUAGCAGAGGGGAUGUGGUUGGUGUUAGUGAGGUUUUUGGUGAUGGUCCGGCUUGGUUAGAAAGAAGUGACGGUGAUAGCAUGGAGGUUAUUGGGGAGGAGGGGACUUUGGCUCAAAUAGAUCCCUUACGGCUCUGCAAGUUCCUCCUACAAGCCUGUCUCUCCCGCGGCGUCCAGCUGCACCACCCAGCACGAGCACUCUCCGUAGGAAAAGACAUGCACGAUGAACUGUCCAGCAUCAGAAUCUUGAAUACCUCCACCAACGCCGUUUCCGAAAUCCCUUGCACACGCCUCUUAAUUUCAGCAGGCGCGUGGUCGCCACAAGUCUUCUCUACCUUAUUCCCGAACUCAAACCUCAAGCUUGCGAUUUCAAGUCUCGCAGGCCAUUCCUUGGUAGUGAGAUCCCCGAGAUGGGGAAAGGAACAGGAGGGAAAGGGGUGCCAUGCUGUAUUCACUACUGAUGAGGCGGGGUAUUCGCCUGAGAUAUUCUCGAGGAUUGGGGGGGAGAUUUAUAUCGCUGGGUUGAACUCCGUCUCUCUGCCUUUGCCUGAACUUGCAACGGAAUCACGGAUUGAUGAAAGCUCUAUAGCAAAGCUGAAGAUGACUGCGGAGAGGCUUUUGGGAGAAGAGGAUCUUGAGGUUGUGAGGAAAGGGUUGUGUUUUCGUCCCGUUACAAAGAGGGGGACGCUGAUCUUGGCGAGGAUUGAUGAGAGGUUGGGAAGCGUGGGGACGAGGGGUACAAGAGAGGGAGGUGUUUUCAUUGCCGCUGGUCACGGCCCUUGGGGAAUUGCUUUAUCACUGGGUACCGGGAAGGUUAUGAGUGAGAUGAUUGAGGGCAAAGAGACCAGUGCUGAUGUUCGUAAGCUUGGACUGUGAUGCAGAGGCGAGAAAGUAGUGACGGCUUUGACUGUACUCCAACACAUAGAAUGUGGGUAAAUUGGC